AUGGCACUGAUAAACGGCUGAAUAUCUCCAAUAAAUGAGGCCAGUGUUAGACGUCUAAUAUCACGACCAGAUAAGUUGACCAGUCCCAGAGAUUGGUUUCUCCUGCUGCUGCCAUGUUGUUUGCAGUUCUCUGUUUGCUCAGUCUUUCCGGCGCUCAAGCCGCCGGUUGGUACAAUAGAUAUGUGGAGUUCUUUAACAACACACUCCCCAAUAACCAAACACUGCUGGACAUGUGGAAAAAUCACCUGAAGCUCUGGGAGGAGAACAGCAGCCGUAGUAAGCGAUAUCCCAUUCCAAACUUUGACUGUCACAACACCCAUGCGCACAACGGACACCAGGCUACAAGUGUGCACGAUCUUCAUCCGGGUGACAUUCGUAUUAUCGGUGCCAUGGGAGACUCCUUAACGGCCGGUAAUGGAAUUCUUGCCAGUAAUAUUAUUGGUGAUUUCAUCGAAUACCGUGGACAAGUCUGGAGCAUUGGCGGAGAUGGAGAUUUGUCAAACACGAUUACUCUCCCAAAUAUUCUGAAGAAGUUUGGUCAGUUCUUGUGGGGUCAAUCGUAUGGUACCGGCUCAGUAGGGACAACCAACUCUAUGCUGAACUAUGCUCACCCAGGGGAUGUAGCAUCAAACAUGCCUGGACAAGCCAACGCCAUUGUUCAGAGGUUGAAAACUGACACUCACGUGCGUUACCAAGACGACUGGAAAGUCAUCACCUUUUUUAUUGGUGGAAACGAUUUAUGUGAUUACUGUCAUGACCAGAAUGGCUACUCGGCCGCCAACUACAUUCGUCACGUGAGGGAUGCCCUUGACAUCUUGCAUAACAAUGUUCCCAAGUUGUUCGUUAACUUGGUGGAAAUAUUCGACAUCGCUCCCAUCGCUGCAAUGGAUGGAGGAUUUAUGUGCAAUCUUGUACACAACAUCGUCUGCGACUGCGGACACAACAAGGCCAACUCUGAGAUGUUGAAGAAUGCCGCCAUGGCUUACCAGCGAGAGCUCCGCGCCCUGGUUAACUCUGGUCGUUACGACACUAGGGGAGAUUUCACGGUGGUGCUUCAGCCAUUCUUCAAAAACACAGAACCACCAACUUUGGGUGGCUCAAUUGAUUUGAGUUUCUUCUCCCCGGAUUGCUUCCAUUUCAGCAAGAAAGGACAGAGCGCCGCCGGUCUCUCAUUGUGGAACAACAUGUUGGAAGCACCCCAAUAUAAAGAAGAGCAGUGGCAUCUGUACGGCGACUUCCAUUGCCCAGGAACACACGCUGGACAUGACCACUCUUUCUUUACUACAUACAAGAAUUAAGCUGGGACGCUUGGUUAUCGGAAUGCAUUAAAUUAUAGGAUAAUGAGGUGGUGUUUUAAAUCACAGGAACUCGCUGCUGUAUAAUCUGUCGGUUUACCAAAAUAGUGUUCCAUGAUGAACUUAAUAAAAUGACAUAAAUCUAAA